AUGUAUGUAGGUGGCCCUUCAGGGCCUGGAGAAUUUCGCUUAAUAUCCUUUCACCUCUCUCUCGGAAUUUACUCAAUAACCUUCGAAGUAUUUCUGUCUUCUAACCAUGGACGCUCCUAUAGUAACCAUAGUCACUGGCUCCGUAAGUCUCCCACUCCUAUCUCAGGCUGCUCCUCACAAAGAUUACAGAACCGUGGCAUCGGGCGUGCCAUCUGUGCUGCGCUGGUUCAUCAGUUCUCAGGCCCCUUAAUUAUAUAUGAAGCCUCUCGAGCCGGGGCUUCUUUUGAUCUGACUGGCCUGAUCUUUCCCCCGGCCGUGAAGAUUUACCCUGCUCAGCUGUCACUCACUGACCAGGCCAGUAUUACUGCCCUCAGCACGAUGGUCGAUAAGGAGCACCAGGGCUGCGACAUUCUCAUCAACAAUGCCGGACUCUACUAUUUCCAGGAAAACAUCACUGCCGCAGAGCGUCAGGAAACUCUGGAUGUGAACUAUCGCGGCACCCUCAACGUCUGUCAAGCCUUCUCGCCAAUCAUGCGAAAGAACAGCCGCAUCGUCAACAUCUCCUCCCAAUCCGGCCAACUCAAAUACUUUAGUCCUCGCUUGCAGACGCGAUUCUCGAAUCCCGACCUCACCCUCACUGAGUUAGACGCUCUAGUCAACGAGUACAGCCGCUCAGCAAACCAGCACACUGAGACCGCAUCGGGCUGGCCCCCCUUGGCCUAUUUUACCAGCAAGGCUGCGCUGAACGCCGCAACGCGGAUUCUGGCCCGCGAAAACCCUAUCUACUGA